GUCUUCCGUUCCAUCUACAUGAAUGCGGACGCUGAGGAGAAUUUGGUGAAGAAGCUCAUGAACAAGAUCAUCACUGAUCGCAAGAUGGAUGCAGAGAAGGCUUCCCAAUUGCUGCCCAAGCUGAAGCAGCUCUGCGAGAAUCAAGCGGGUAUAGCUUAUUUCCUUUUCGGUUUUCUUUGCCUAGGAUUGAUUCGCGUGGCAAUCAUCUUGGUCAAAGUUUCAAUGUGCAACUUCUUCGUCGGUCUUCUCUCAUCCCCCUCUCAAUAUCAUCGGCCUCGUCUCUUAGGUUCUGCGACUUGCAAGAAGAUCGACGAACUGCUGGAGGGAAUUGAGUGGCUUUUGACUGAGAGCAACUGGAAUCUGUUGAAGACGUUGCGUGCCAAAAUUUUCCGGGAGAAAGCCAAGUCGGCUGCAAACGCGUCCGACAAGUAAGAUGCGAGUUUGAUACUCAAGAGCGAAGCAGUGGAAAAGCUCGCCAACGUGGUGGGCCUUUGGCCAAUGCAGACGUCUUCUAGGAGCAAAAAAGGAGACGGGUCUUGGUGUGGGG